AAGAACAUGUGUAAAGGGAUCAAUACCUUUGAAAAAAAAUAGAUGAAAGGAAUCCUUAGGCAAGAAGUUGAGUAUCUGCCACAAGAAGGCAUCAUUGCAAAGAAGCUCAAGGCCCUCAACAAGGCAUAAUUAUGCAACAGAACUCAACUUUCAACUUAAUAAAUAACUAAAAGUUGAGCAAAUAGUGGACUUUCUAUCUCUGUUUAAUUGAACAACCACAACCAACUUUCAAAAUUGGCCUACAAAUGGAUUCAUCAUGAACUAUCUUCUUGUUUGGCUUUCAAGAAAACCAGAACUCUGUGAUAAUGGCAUCAAACCAGAAUCUGAAAGAUCUGCAAUCUGUUCUGCAGGCGAUCGAAUCCGAAAGCGACAGCCUAAACCUGCACAGCAUUUCCUUCUAUCUUGCUCAACCAACUUCAGGUUGUUAUCGAGAAACAGAAAACUCCAUCAAGAUAAGCAUUUGUGAAGAUGAAAUUUUGUUCUUUUGCCAGUUCAUUAUAGCAAUGGUAACUGCUGAAAACAUCAGAACUGGUGUCAGGAACUUGGAGUUUCACAAUGUAGAAUGGGAAAUUCAGCUAGUAAACAGCCUUGGAGUACUGCUAGACAUUAGCUCAAAUGUCAAGCAACUUGUGUUUGAGAGAAAUAAAUUUGAUGCAGAAUGUUUAACCGAGAUUUCGGAUGUAAUCAAGAGAAAUAAGGUGAUCAAAGAGAUCAUGUUUUCGGAAUCAGGCAUUAGAAAUUUGGGGGCUGCACUUCUCGCUGAUGCUCUUAAGGUGAAUGACACAUUGGAAGAGUUGCAAAUUUGGGAAGAUUCAAUAGGGUCCAAAGGUGCAGAGGAGCUUUCAAAGAUGAUUGAAGCGAACUCAACAUUGAAGUCAUUGACAAUCUUUGAUUCAAACACUCUUACUGCAACACCACUCAUAUCUGCUGUCAUAGCAAGGAAUCGAGCGAUGGAAGUUCAUGUUUGGAGCGGAGAAAAUGGCGAUAAAACUUCCAAGGUGGUUGAGUUUAUACCUGAGAAUUUCACACUAAGAAUUUACAGGGUUGAUGUUUCAGGUGCCUGCAGGGUUGCCUGCUCUCUGGGAUGCAAUUCAACCGUCAAGUCACUUGAUCUGAGUGGAGUCCGGCUGAAAUCCAGGUGGGCGAAGGAGUUCAGAUGGGUUUUGGAGCAGAAUCAGACCCUUAAAGAGGUAAUCUUAUCAAAAACUUGCCUUAAAGAUAAGGGAGUAGUGUAUGUUUCAGCUGGAUUAUUCAAGAACCACAGUUUGGAAAGUUUACAUCUUCAUGGAAACUGGUUUAGUGGCAUUGGUGUAGAGCAUUUGCUAUGCCCAUUGAGUAGGUUCUCAGCUUUGCAAUGCCAAGCAAAUAUCACACUCAAGUCAGUCACAUUUGGAGGUGGGAGAACAAAAAUUGGAAGGGAUGGAAUUACAGCCAUCCUACGAAUGUUGACAACGAAUGAGACUGUGACACAGUUAGGGAUAUACGAUGACGAGAGUUUGCGACCUGAUGAUUUUGUCAGAAUCUUCAAGAGCUUGCAGAAGAAUGCCAGUUUGAGACAAUUGUCUUUGCAAGGCUGCAGGGGGGUUAGAGGAGACUUGUUACAGCAAGCUAUAAUGGAAACAUUACAGGUAAAUCCUUGGAUUGAAGACAUUGAUCUCGAGAGAACUCCGCUGAAGAAUUCUGGAAAAGCUGAUGGUAUUUACCAAAAAUUAGGCCAAAAGGGAAAGAGUGAAAAUGAAUCAGAAAUGGAUUUGCUGAAAGACAUGCCACUGACUGAACCAAAGAGCUGCCGCGUUUUCUUCUGUGGUCAAGAGUAUGCUGGUAAGAAUACACUGUGUAAUUCCAUUUCACAGAAUUUUUCUUCUUCUUCUUCAAAGCUUCCCUAUCUAGACCAAGUUAGAACACUAGUGAACCCAGUUGACCAAGCUGUUAGAACGGUUGGAAUGAAGAUAAAGACAUUCAAAGAUGAAGACACAAAGAUUUCAAUAUGGAAUCUUGCAGGCCAGCAUGAGUUCUACUCUCUUCAUGAUCUGAUGUUUCCAGGGCAUGGCAGUGCAUCAUUCUUCCUUAUCAUAUCCAGUUUGUUCAGGAAACCCACCAACAAAGAACCAAAAACCCCAGAAGAAGUAGAAGAAGACCUGCAGUAUUGGCUCAGGUUCAUAGUUUCCAACUCCAGAAGGGCAUUGCAACAAUGCAUGCUACCAAAUGUAACUGUAGUCCUCACACACUAUGACAAAAUCAACCAACCAUCACAAAAUUUGCAGUUUGUUGUGAACUCAAUACAGAGAUUAAAAGAUAAGUUCCAAGGCUUCGUUGACUUUUAUCCAACCGUAUUCACAAUCGAUGCUAGAUCAUCUGCAUCAGUUACUAAGCUCACACAUCACAUUCGAAAGACAAGCAAGACUAUUCUUCAACGAGUUCCUCAAGUUUAUCAGCUAUGCAAUGACCUGAUACAGAUUUUAUCAGACUGGAGAUCAGAGAACUAUGACAAGCCAGCAAUGAAGUGGAAAGAAUUUGAUGAACUAUGCCAAGUCAAGGUUCCAGCCUUGAGAAUUCGAUCAAGGCAUGAGAAUAAGGAGAACAUGGAAAUGAGGAGGAAGGUUGUUGCUACUUGUCUUCAUCACAUAGGUGAGGUGAUUUACUUUAAUGAAUUGGGGUUCUUAAUUCUAGAUUGUGAGUGGUUCUGUGGUGAGGUGCUCAGCAAACUGGUGAAACUAGAAGUUAGAAGGCAAAGCGGUGCAGAGAAUAAUGGCUUCAUUAGCAGAAAAGAGUUGGAGAAGAUCGUGAGAGGAAGUUUACAAGGACCAAUACCAGGGGUGGGUUCAAAAGUAUUUGAGAACUUAGAGGCCAGUGACCUUGUGAGAAUGAUGCUGAAACUUGAACUAUGCUAUGAACAAGAUCCAUCAGACCCCAAUUCCUUGUUACUGAUCCCCUCAAUCCUUGAAGAAGGAAGAGGAAAGCCUCAAAGAUGGCAGAUAAGUUCACCUGAAUUUCUCUAUGCCGGUCGCCAUCUUGAGUGUCAUGAUUCAAGUCGCACGUUUCUCACACCAGGCUUCUUUCCUCGUUUGCAGGUGCAUCUCCACAACAGAAUCAUGGCAUUGAAGAACCAACAUGGAGCCAUUUACAAUCUUGAGAAGUACCUGAUCACUAUAAAUAUCAAUGGCAUUUAUGUUAGAGUUGAACUUGGAGGACAAUUGGGUUACCACAUUGAUGUUCUAGCUUGCUCUACCAAGAACCUGACAGAAACUCUUAGACUCAUCCAUCAACUCAUAAUUCCAGCCAUUCAAAGUCUUUGCCAUGGUAUUACCUUGACCGAAAAUAUCAUUAGGCCAGAAUGUGUUAGAAAUCUGACUCCACCAAGAUACAGGAAAACUCAAUUUGUAUCUCUGCAACUACUGAAAGAUGCAUUGCUCUCAGUUCCUGCAGAGGGCAUGUAUGAUUAUCAGCAUACCUGGGAUCCAGUCUCGGACUCUGGCAAACCAAUUCUACAAGCUGGGUUUGACUUAGCACGAGACCUCCUAUCAGAUGAUGACUUUCGAGAAGUGUUGCACAGAAGGUAUUAUGACCUACACAACCUUGCUGUUGAACUGCAAGUUCCUCCAGAAAGCAGUCCUGAUGGACAAGAUCCUAACAAUGAUCCUGAUGGCAAAGUUGAGCCAACAUUUGGAGGACUUGCCAAGGGACUUGAAACAGUAUUGCAGAGACUGAGGAUCAUUGAACAAGAAAUAAAGGAUGUCAAGCAAGAGAUCCAGGGCUUGAGAUAUUAUGAACACAGACUUCUCAUUGAGCUGCACCGCAAAGUGAACUACAUAGUGAACUUCAAUGUGCAGCUCGAAGAGAGGAAAGUGCCCAACAUGAUUUAUUUUGUCAAAACAGAAAACUACUCGAAGAGAUUAAUCACAAACAUAAUUUCUGGCAUGACUGCACUCAGACUGCACAUGUUGUGUGAAUUCAGGAGAGAAAUGCACAUCGUUGAAGACCAGAUAGGUUGUGAAAUGAUGCAGGUUGACAACAGGGCUGUGAAGAGUUUGGCUCCAUAUAUGUCUACAUUCAUGAAAUUGGUAACAUUUGCACUCAAGAUUGGAGCUCAUCUAGCAGCUGGAAUGGGACAAUUGAUACCAGAUUUGAGCAGGGAAGUUGCCCAUCUGGCUGACUCUUCCCUUAUGUAUGGGGCUGCUGGGGCUGUUGCAGCCGGAGCAGCGGGAGCAGCAGCAAUGGGGCGUAUGGAUAGAAGCAGAAACAAGAAUAGAUCAGGAGAUACCCAACAAGAACUUAGAGCAGUGCAGCAAUGGAUAACAGAUUUCUUAAGGGAGCGAAGAUGCUCAACAGGGAAGGACAUUGCAGAGAAGUUUGGAUUGUGGAGGGUGAGGUACAGGGAUGAUGGUCAUAUUGCUUGGAUUUGUAGGAGGCAUAUGACUCUCAGAGCAAAUGAAAUCAUUCAAGUACCCCUUUGAGAGUGAUGCCUGAGAAUGAAUUCUUUUAUGUUUGUUUGCUAUGUUCAACAUUCCCCAUUAGACUACGAGGCAUACAAAUCCAGACAUGAAGUAGUCACUUCAUUUGUCAAAAGGCAAAA